CGGGUGAUGCUCAUAUGAAUGUUAAUGAAUUAUUUCACCGAUAAAAAAGUCAGUGUCUUUAUCGACAUUGGUAUUGCCUGUACUGUAGCACAGAGUUUCUAAUUCCAGACGCGCAACGUCGUGAGACUUCCGGGAACGCUUGCGAAACAGACCAAACCGACCAGGCCGUCAAAUAUUAUUACUUAGUUGUUAAUUUUCUCGAAAUCUAAAGGCACAACCUUGAUUCGAGACAGUGUUUUAAGCAGUUGAACAUGUUAUUACUCCAACCUUGUGAAAGUAACAAACUAACACGUUUCCAUUUCCGAUUUUUUUUUUUAUAUAUAUGGAAGGGGUGCCUUUGACGACAUGCGCAGUUUGGCGCGAGAGAACCCUAGGAAGUGUUUCUGCGUAUGUGUUUACUUGGCUAACGUCGCCAUGACAUCCCCUGCAAGUAUGCGGAACUCAUGCAUUGAGGAAAUUGGUCCAUCCACGGGCAGUAAAUACAGUGACACCGUGUCACAACGUGCUCAUGAAAAUCAGAUACCGUCGAUUUUGCCAGCUGGGUGUAGUUGCUGGAAGUUGCCAUGGAGAGUCUGGGGGAGAAGUUCAAAGCUCUGUCAAUCACUCGGCGUGUCCAGCCAGAUGAGCCCACCUACCUGCUGGACCUGUCCCACCAGACUGUCUCGGGCCCAGGGUUGGUGGCCGUAUGCUGCUCCAACCGCUCCAUCCGUUUGCACAGUGAGGACAGCCUCAGCCUGCUCAGGGAGUACCAGGGACAUAGUGGUGCAAUCUGUGGGGUGUGCUUUGCCCACACCUCCCCUGACCUGCUCUUCUCAGGCUCUGCUGAUGGGACAGUGAGGACGUGGGAUGUCCGCUGCCCUGGUUCAGAGGCAGCACAGGUGUUCAGGAGUGACUCCUCCCACCACUUCUGCAGCUUUGAUGUGAGCUGCAGCGAUGUGGUCCUAUGUGCAGGCACUGAGCAGGUCGAUGAAGAUGAUAGCUUCUUGGUUUUCUGGGAUGCCCGCAUGGCAAAGGAGAAGGGAGGGGUUCUGGGUGUGUACUCUGAGUCCCACAGUGAUGACAUCACGCAGGUGCGUUUCCACCCCCGGAAUGCCGACCACUUGGCGUCUGGCUCCACUGAUGGCCUGGUGAAUGUGUUUGACCUGAGCCUUGGUGCAGAGGAGGAGGCCCUGCUGGCCACCUGUAACUGUGGCUCCUCUGCUAGCUCAGUGUGCUGGGCAGGGAAGGACUUCAACCAGCUGCUGUGCCUCAGCCACGACGAGGGCCUCCAUCUGUGGGACCUGGGUCAGUUGGACACAGACAAGCCCCUCACACUCUUCAGUGCCGCUGACGCCCGCAGCCUGACCCCUCUCUCUAAUGAAGUGGCCCUGGAUUACUUUGUUGGCGGGACUUGGCUGGAGGAGGCAGGGCGCUUACUAGUGCUAGGUGGGACAAACAAUGGAGACAUCCACCUUCUGGAGUGCAGUGAGGAAGGCCUGUGUCUGCUGAGGUCCCUCCAAGGGGGCCACUCUUCCACAGUGCGCUGCUUCCUCUGGGAUCCCGCAGGGGAGGCCCUGCUCACGGGAGGGGAGGAUGCACAGCUGCUCUUGUGGAAGCCAGGGGCGGAGGAAUUCACCUCAAGGAAGAGGGACACCUUGAAGAGUGCCUCUGCAUUAAAACUCAAAUCUAGAUCACACAAGAAGCAUGGCUCCAAGAGGGAUAAGAAGCUAGAAGUGUGAGUCGGAUGCAAUAGAGGGUUCUCAAAGAAGGGCAAGACUGCAGUCCCUAUUUAAUCAAUCAAUAUUCCUCUUGCAUUCAGAGUACUCAUUUGGAUUCAUGAAAUCAACACAAUUAUAUUUUUUCUUUCUUGAAAGUAAUAUUAUACUUAUCCCAGAAACUGAUUAAAAAUCUCUUUAACUGCUAGGGCUUAAAAUGAGAUUGAAUUGCGGUAUUUGUUUUUCAAAUGUUUCUCCCAACUUGUUUGGUAUUUUGUUUAGCUAAAACCAAUUGGUAUUUCUUUAGAAAUAUAAUUCUAAUUGUAUUGAGUUGAUCUAAUGCAUGCUCUCCUGUAAUUUAACUAACAUACUCAGUGGGUCACAAAGGCCAGGGUUCAGAACCAGAGCAUGCAGUACUUCAUCAUACUCAUCAUACUUAUUCAGAGGAGCAGCUUUAAUUCCACUCAAAUGGCACCGAGUGGAAUAACAUGACAGUUGCUAUGCAGGGACUCUGCUGCAUAUGUCAACCUGGUCUAAGAGCAUUUCGCAUAAUUCUGUAUGUAAAUCUAAGACACCAUUUACUACGAUAUGCUAAGUUUCGUAUGAUAUGUAUUCAUUUGUGCAUGUCCAUCACCCAUUUUGUAUGAUAUGUUACGAAUAUGCUGAAGGUACAAUAUUUUACAAAUUUGCAAAACAAAUGCUAUGUUACAAAUUCUAGCUAGGUGUUUAACAGAAACUAGCUGGCUAAUGUUCGCAAGGCUAGGGGUUAAGGUUCAAAAUCAAAUCAAAUUUUAUUUGUCACGUACUGAAUAGAACAGGUGUAGGCCUUACAGUGAAAUGCUUACUUAUAAGCCCUUAACCAACAAUGCAGUUGGUUAAAAAUACCAAAGAAAAUAAAAUACCAAAAUAAAUAAAAGUAACAAAUAAUUAAAGAACUGUAGUAAAAUAACAAGGUUAAGAGCCCAUGAAACGGCAGCCAUCCUCUCCGGCACCAUCCUCUCUGGUUAGUUAAGUUUUGGAGUUAGGUUGACCCCCCUAAGGUCGAUGUCUGGGCCCCACGGAAAUCAAAUUAGCAUAAUGAACCAAUCCCCCUCCCCCAAAAAUCUGUCAGUUUCAGCUAGAGAAUGCAUCUGCUUAUGUCGCGCUUCCACAUCUGCUGUGACAGAGCUAGAGCGGUGUUUAUCAGACCAUCAGACAUCCUGAAAAUCGUCUGUAGGGUCCGAAAGGUUUGGCCUACAUACUAUUAUGACCCCUCUAUGGAAAGAUAAGACUCUCACAAACACAUACAUUGUUUUGCUCUAGGACGCAUUGUUUGUCCACAGGCCUCACAAGACUCGUCAGAAGGUCCCCCGGUACAAGCUGAAAAAAUUAAUGGAGACUGUUUUAGUGCCAAAAAAUAAGGGGUUCAGGAAUUUUUUCUUUGAACAUGUAUUGAUCUUUAAAAACAAUACUGUACCUCAGAUAUAGGACAGAAACUUCAGAACAAAAUUCCUUUAGAUUAUUUUUUUUGUGGGGGGGCUAUCUGUUAUUCUAUGUGUUUUGUAUGGGCAAAUAGCAGUAAGGCCAAAUAAACCAUUUUAUAUACAAUAUCGUUCAAAGGUUUGAGGUCACUUAGAAAUGUAUUUGUUUUAAAGAAAAGCACUUUUCUUUACAAUUUAAAACAUCAAAUUGAUCAGAAAUACAGUGUAGACAUUAAUGGUGUAAAUUACUAUUGUAGCUGGAAAUGGCAGAUAAAAAAAAUGGAAUAUCUACAUAGGCGUACAGAGGCCCAUUUAUCAGCAACCAUCACUCAUGUGUUCCAGUGGCACGUUGUGUUCGCUAAUCCAAGUUUAUAAUUUUAAAAGGCUAAUUGAUCAUUAGAAAGCCCUUUUGCAAUUAUGUUAGCACAGCUGAAAACGGUUCUGAUUUAAAACACCAGUCUCAAAGUCAACAGUGAAGAGGUGACUCCGGGAUGCUGGCCUUCUAGGCAGAGUUCCUCUGUCCAGUGUCUGUGUUCUUUUGCCCAUCUUAAUAUUUCAUUUUUUUUUGCCAGUCUGAGAUAUGGAUUUUUCUUUGCAACUCUGACGAGAAGGCCAGCAUCCCGGAGUCAUCUCUUAACUGUUGACGUUGAUACUGGAGUUUUGCAAGUACUAUUUAAUGAAGCUGCCAGUCGAGGACUUGUUAGACAUCUGUUUCUCACACUAGACAGUCUAAUGUACUUGAACUCUUGCUCAGUUGUGCACCAGUGCCUCCCACUCUUUCUAUUCUGGUUAGAGCCAAUUUGUGCUGUUCUGUGAAGGGAGUAGUACACAGCGUUGUAGGAGAUCUUCAGUUUCUUGGCAUUUCUUGCAUGGAAUAGCCUUCAUUUCUCAGAUCAAUAAUAAACUGACAAGUUUCAGAAGAAAGUUCUUUGUUUCUGGCCAUUUUGAGCCUGUAAUCGAACCCAUAAAUGCUGAUGCUCCAGAUAGCUAUUCAACUAGUCUAAAGGCCAGUUGUAUUGGUUCUAUAAUCAGUACAACAGUUUUCAGCUGUGCUAACAUAAUUGCAAAAGGUUUUUUUAAUGAUCAAUUAGCCUUUAAAAUUAAAAACUUGGAUUAGCUAACACAACAUGCCAUUGGAACACAGGAGUGAGGGUUUCUGAUAAUGGGCCUCUGUUUGCCUAUGUUGAUAUUCCAUAAAACAAUCAGUCAUUUCUACCUACAAUAGUCAUUUACAACAUUAACAAUGUCUACACUGUUUUUCCGAUCAAUUUGAUGUUAUUUUAAUGGACCACAAAAUGUGCUUUUCUUUCAAAAAGGGCUUUCUAAGUGACCCCAAACUUUUGAAUGGUAGUGUAUAUUUGCUUUACAAAUAUUUUCUUGAUGCUUCAAGGGAUUUUAACCCUAAAAUAGCUAAAUUAUCUCUGGUAUGACCUUCUUAAAUCAAUUCCAUAAUGCGUAGUAGAACCCCUUUCCCUGGCUUAGACUGUUUAGUGUGAAAAAUAAGGGGUUAAAUACAUGUACGUAAAAAGUAACUUCUUUCUUAUACUGUAUCUCUCAUAUAUAGGAAAGACACUUCAGAACACGCUUAAUUUAGAUUUUUUUUUGGGGGGGGGGGGGGACUGUUUUUCCAUGUAGUGAAUCUGUUUGUAUGGUCUAAUAGCAGUAAGGCUGAAUAAAACAUGUUCAUCAAAUAUAUUUUUUGAUACUUCGAUGGUUCUUUUAAACACAAAUAGUAAAAUGAUCCUUGGUAUGACCUUAAAACAAUUCCAUAUAUCUUAGUAGAACCACCUCCCUCAGUUUAGACAGGGCUUAGACUCAUAUGGGUUAAAGGGUUAAGGUUAGGGGAAUGAUUAGCUGAAAAGGUUUGGGGAAGAGUUGGCUAACAUGCUAAUUAGUUGAAAAGUUGCUAAAAUGCUAAAGUUGUCCAUGAUGAAAUUCGAUCUUGCAACCUUUAGGUUAUACGCCCACCCAUCCCAACCAACCACCCCACUCUUGGUUUUGCCUUAAGACCGAUGGUUACGUUUAGGCUUUGUAACCAUACCAAAUGUAACAUAUCAUACCAAUUUGUGAUCCCGGAUUUACAUUUACUAUGUUAUGUCUCGUCUAUGAGACCAGGCUGCGUAUGUCCCCUGUGGACCUUAGACAAAUUGAGUGUUAAUUCUUUUAACACUCAAUUUAAACAUCAUAUCCGUGAGUUCAUCUGACUGGGGAAAUAGAUAAAGGGCUUCAUUGCCAAAAUUCUGAAGUGUCCCUUUUUAAUUCAGGGGAGAAAUUGGCUCCCAUUCCGUAGGUUUACUGUGCCAGCUGCUUCCUGUGGUGUGCCAAAGUUUCUAUUUCAUUGAUUUUCCUUACUUUCACCCUGAGUUAGAAAUUCAAGGUAAAGUAAUAUGCUAGCGUUAUACUUAUGAGUCAGCUAAUAUCAGUUUUAUCUUAAGUAUCCCAUUUCAAUUAGAUUAGCAGUCAAGUAUACUUGACAGACACAUCCCACUCACAUGCUUUAUGCAAUGAUUUAAUAAUGUUUAAUCUUGUCAUUUAAUUUAUUUUUCAUUACUAACCAAAAAAAGGCAGUAUGGGGCUGAACAGUUUCAAUAUUACCAAAACUGAAGGGGAAAGAAUUGUAAAACAAUAUGGACUUGUUUUGACAUCGUUUAGCAAUUUUAAUACUAUGUCAGUAUAGCUACAGUAUGUCACUGUUGAAACUCAACUUCAAUAACAAAUGCUUGUAUAUUUUGAAAUGUGUUUUUUUGAUUUCCAUCCAUCCUUUUUGGGAUAUUAUUCUUAUCCAUAAUUUUGGUGUAUUGUAAAAUUUGAUGUGGUGUACUUGCUGAGAAAAGAUCAGUGCCACUCUGGCUCCUGAGUGGCGUAGGGGUCUAAGGCACUGCAUCUCAGUGCAAGAGGUCCCUGGUUCAAAUCCAGGCUGUAUCACAUCAGGUUGUGAUUGGGAGUCCCGUAGGGCAGUGCACAAUUGGCCCAGCGUCGUCUGUGGUAGGCCGUCAUUGUGAAUAAGAAUUUGUUCUUAACUGACUGACUUACUUCCUAACUUAAUUUAUUUUUAACCUUUAUUUGAGACAGCUGUUGUAAAUCCUCUCUUCUUAUCCGUAAUGUUGAUGUGCUCUUUAAAUAAUAUAACUAAUGGGAAACCAAG